AUGGAUGGCCUUCGGGAACCUGCGACAGCUCUGGGAAACGGGCUUGCUUCUGCACCUCCACCUCGGGCCCAGCCACACCUGCGCACGCCUUCAAACGUGGACAAGCCGUUGCCUCCCAUGCCAUCGAAGCUGCUGGGGGCUUCUCUUCAGGAAGACGCCAGGGGAGAUCGGGAGUCGUGGGCGUCUGUCGCAGAGUCGAGCGAGGAAGUCUCGUACAAGGCUAAUGCACUUGACCCUUAUACAGACAGCGCCCUCCACUAUCUGCGCGACCAGCCCUCUCCCUCUCUUCCACUAACCCCCAUCUCCUCCUCGUACCCCGCGCCCUUCGCCUCACGAGACACGCAUAUCAUGGACCCGCCGUCGCCAGAUUCGCAUCCUGCCUGGCAUCAGAGCCCCGUAGCCCAGGGCCAGUCUUCUCAGAUCCACCACUUCUCUUCGCAUUCUCCUUUGCUGCGUUCGGUGUCAGAGGGCGAAUCCACUCUCAUGGCCGACUCACCACCUCAACAGCAUAUACUUGCCAGGCCACCCAAGUUUUCUCUUCCCCUGCCAGACCCGUCCCAUUUUCCUGAGCCUUACCUUUUUCGCCCUCGUCUGACAUCGACAACCCCAGCCCUCUCUUCGGCUGGUUCUUCCUCGGAAUCUACGCGAUCGUCCGCGUAUACUAGCUCUGGGAGCGCGAUAGCCUCGGGCGACUACAACCACGUGCACGUCGUGUCGGGGGAGGAUGACACCACCCCAGGUGUGGGAAUUACUUCAGAUGCAGUUAAGCAAUUUCUUGCAAAGGAUUCAAACGCCCCAGUGCCUCGAGGUCCUUCGCAGAUGCCUUUUGAUCAAUCGAGAUGGUCGGAUGCAUACUCUGCAAGCGUUAGAUCACGAUCAUCUUCGACGGGCGGCAAUUCGAACGAGAACGCGCCUCCUGUCCCCCCUUUGCGACAACAGGCGAGCUACGACCUGAGUUGGCAGGCAGUGGACGAAAAGGAUGAGAUGGGCGCAAGCGAAGAUGAUACCGACUUCGAACAAGGUCUGGAUGACGACGACAUGGACGACCCAGACUUGGAACGAACUUCGGCUGCCGUAAUAGCAGAAGAAGGACGUGGCUUGAUCGUGCAAGGCGAGGGUGUGCAAUUAUCAGAUCUUCAUAUUCAGCCUGGGACCACUCAUCUUAUUGUGGGCUCUUCGAACACGCCAAAUAUAAUGCCUGCCUUCCUCUCCAACACUGUGCCUCAGAUAUGCAACACCCUUCUUGCGCUUGACAUAUCCGCGAACUUCUUGGGUGCGCUUCCUCCGUGCCUGGCAAUGUGCUCUCAGCUAGAAGAACUCAACAUUGCAUCGAAUCCUCUUCGCGUUCUCCCCGCCUUCCUCUGUGAACUUCACAACCUCCAAGUACUCAUUUCGGACUGCACUGGUAUUGCAACCCUUCCGGACUGUUUAGCCGAACUUGAGCGACUUCACACCAUCAGCAUUCGCCGGAAUAAGCUUCACUCUCUUCCCAGUUGGCUCUGUCUACUACCCGCCCUGCAGACCCUCUGUGUGGAUGGCAACCCCUUCCAAGGUCCCUGGAAGGCAUUGGUCGAACCACUCUUAGCCAAGGUCCCAAUGACGCCAAUGUACCCGCCUUCCACGCCUUCCUAUCCCUUGCUCUCUGCCAGUAUACGUACAUCGCAGGCUAGCACCGAUAUUGAAAAUACCGAUACGGAUGAGUCUUCCGAUCCGCCGAGCCCAGAUAUUAAUGGCCCACAAAGUGAUUCCCCUGACGAAGAAUCCACGAUUACGCCUGACCGUGCACCGUUUUUGAAUCGCAUCCCACAACCCCAGGAGUUACCCCCGCCUCCCCCAUCUCUCCCCAGGUCUUUGCAACGCACUCGGACGACACCGAACCGUGCGUUUCAUCAGAAUCGCCUGAAGGCGCAACUUGCGUCUACUCCAGAAGCUCAGAAUGCGAUCGCAGGCCCCUCAAACGCUGGAGAAACGAGGAAACUACCGGGUGAUCGCGAGCUGCGCAAGAUGAAGAGCGCUGGGGACAUUCGACGUGCGAAAGCCCUUGGGCCCUCCACUCCUGAUUUGACUGUCACCACUCCCCCAAGGCCCUCGCUAGCUCAGAUCGGGACUUCACAGUCUAGCUCGACGCUAUUACGCACAAGUCCACCCGCUUCGGAGCGGCCGGCAAUGUCGAAGCGAUUUGCAAGUCUUGGCCCAUCAUCGAGUAUGGGAACACCUUCUCGUCCUGGAACUGGCUCCCGAACGGCUUUGACGCGCUCGCUUUGGGACGGGCCUUCAGAGCAGGAAAUGGAGACGCAGCACAAUCGAAACACGGUUGCCGGGGAUAAUGGCGCACCGCCUAUGAGGAUGUUCAUUCCACAAUCUCCUCCCUCUAAUGUUUCUCCUCACGAACAAUCAGCUGCCAGACCCCGAACUUCAGGUGCAAGUGAUGGUGGCAAGGAGAUGAAGGAGAGAGGAAGUCGUUGGGGCUUCCUCAAGAAAAUGUCAAUGGGCAAGAUGAAGUCAGACGUGCCUUCUCGUCCUGGAACUUCACAGGGACGUCCCCCAAUGUCGCGGCCGUACACAUCUACAGGUAGUUCAAGGAUGAGUACAUCACCUCGCAUUGACGUGCGGUUGUCAACCAAUGGAACGCUUGAUGCCUUUGGUCCCUCCACUACUCCCGCGUCAUCCCCUCAUCUCCCUUCCAUGCAACCCUCAUCCGACUCACUACAAGCACCUUCUCCAAAUCUUCUCGUCCCAUCCUCCCCGUCACCUAUGUCGCGAGCCUCCAAACGCCGUAGUUUCCUGCCUCUCGAUGGUCCGACGCCAUUGCAAAUCCCGAUUCCUGACUCUUCGCCAUUCGUACAGGGUGUCACAGCUAACAACGAUGAUGAGGAAGACCACAGAAAUACUACUCCCAGUCCUGUCGAUUUGGAAACACAACUUCGGCGCGAAGAGGUACGAGCGAAGGAUGCAUAUAUGCGUGCCCUCCGUUCCGUUAUGGCUUACCUUCGAGAUAUGAAUGACUUGGGACUAUCGCAAGCGCAACCGAACCCGAUGAGCAUGUAUGGGGCACCUUCCGAGGAAGCUUUGUCUACUGCUCGUUCAAGACGGCCGACAGUUUCAGAGGGCUCCCGCGACGUGUCGAUGAUUGCUGGUUCGAGUGAUUAUCCGAAUCAUUUAAGGUCUGCUGAAGCAAUGGCUGGUUUGCGGAGUGGUACUGCAUCGCAGACUAUGAGCGUCGCUACGGACAGUAGUGCUGGGUCGUCGGAUGAAAGGAAGUUCAAGGAUGACAAGGGCAAACGCGCGAUGAUCAUCCGUGAAAUAGUAGCGACGGAACGGACAUAUGUCAAGGGUCUCGAGGAACUCGUCGAAAUAUAUAUCAAACCAGCUUCUGUCCAGGCUAAUCUACUGACCGGCGUUGGCUCAUCUAAAGACACCAUUGUGCCUCUGGCGGAACGCAAGAUCGUAUUUAAUGGAAUCGACGCGCUAUAUUCUUUCCACAAGGACAGCUUCCUUCCCGCCCUCGAAAUGGCCGCCGAUCCACUUAUGCGCCCCGCUGCUGAGCUGCAGGCUGCGGACGCGGACGGUCAACUUUCACAAAGCGUCGCAAAAGCUGUAGGAAAUAUGUUCAUAAAACAUGCUGCAUUCAUGAGGAUGUAUUCAAGUUAUAUCAAUAAUUUCGAUAACUCUGUUCAGCGCGUCAAGCACUGGUCGUCAGAUCGAAGCCCUGCAGGCCCCACAGGCAGCGCACUGUCGCCUUCCUCAAGUGCUGUACAGCUAGCUGGCCUAGGCCUAGCAAUGGCGGUUACAAACCCCGGUGCUUUACCCGAUGCCGGUUCUUCCUUGGCCGUUCCCAACCUCUCCACCAGCCAACGGAAACGGAUUCGUUCCUAUCUCAAGCGAUGCCGAGUACACCCCCGUCAUUCGCAAUUGAAUCUCGAAGGUUACUUGCUACUUCCCGUGCAACGUGUACCCCGGUAUCGCCUACUUUUGGGAGAGUUGCUACGCAGCACACCGCCUUCACUUGACUUCAUAGAAGACCCGCUGGACCGAGCAUUUGCAGAAAUAUCGUCGCUAGCUAAUAAUAUGAACGAAGGCAAGCGGGAAGCCGAGUCCCGACGGAAACUCGUUCAAUGGCAGAGUCGGAUACGAGGGAAAUUCCCCAGUCCUCUGGUCCAGCCUCAUCGCCGCCUUAUCAUGGAUGGUCGACUCCUGCUUACACGCGUGGUUCGUAAGACCGCAGUGGAUUUCGAAGCCAUCAACGCACAUGGGGAUGCUACAUCUGUAAAAGUGGAUUGUCUAGCCCCUGAACUCACACCAAGACCUCUCGUCGGGAUCCUUUGCAAUGAUCUUCUCGUCUUAUGCCGGGAUCCUACGGAUGGCAAUGACCCUGUGUCAGUGGUAGACUUGUGGGCUGUUCUUCGCAUGCAAACUUUACCUCAGCCUGCCAGUAUUGUACAUGGCAACGUUCUUCGUCUUGUUGAUAAUAAAGCUAUCUUAUAUUUUGAUGCUCCCUCACCUUCUGACGCAUUAAACUGGUAUCGAGCCAUCAAUCUGCAUAUUCCUGCCUCUAAAACAUAG